AAAAAAUAAACUCAUUCAUAACCAGAAGAAGUUUGGAAAAGCAUGAUCACAAUAAAAUGUCCAAAGAUAACGAUUGGUUCAAAGAGCACCUUAAAUACAGUCCAAAAUAUCAAUUUGAUUAAAAAUACGGAACACCACAGUAUAGAUAACUUACCAAGUCAACAAAAAACUUUUGCAGAGGUGCCGCGUGCAUCUCUGGUGAAAUACGAAGUUAGAAGAGUAAUAAAAUUAGAAAAAACUCAAAACAUAUGUGAUAAAUUCAGUAGAAAGCAAAACAUAGGCGAAAAAAUCAGUAUAAAACAAAUAGAUAAUUUAAGUCAAACUCUUAAAGAAAUCACGAAUGAAGCUAGUUUAUUAAAAUCUACUAUUUGCAAUAGUUGCGAAGAACUUAACGAAAAAAUAUUUAAGCUUAAGGAAGAAAUGAGCAUUUAUGAUACUUACGAAAGCGAGUUAAAAAAACUUGCAGGUGAACUAAAAGAAACGCAAGAUCGUCACGAAAAGAUUUUAUUUGAAAAUAUUUCUUUGAAGAAAAGAAACUUAAAAAUUCUUCAAAAAUUUCACGAUGAAAACAAAAACUUUGAUAAAAACAUAAAGAAACUUGAAAAUGAAAUUGAUGAAGAAAAAGCAAAAACACAAAGACUUAGCAUAAAAUUGGAAGAUGCAAAUUUCGAAAUUAGUCGUCUUAGAACCGAGCUAAUAAAUGCACAACUUGAAAACGAGAAAAUUAUCGAGGAAAACGAAGAUUUGGCAGUUGAUAAUGAGGAUCUUAUAAAAGAUAGGGAUGAAAUAAUCAAAAUAUACGACGAACUUUUUCGAGAGAGUGAACGGUUAAAGCACGAAGUUAAUAUAUGGAAAAAUGUUUUUCAAAACAACAAUGGUGACAUAAUAAAUUCAGGACUCAACAAUACACCAGAUGAACAAGAUGUUUCACAAGAUGAACAAGAUGUUUCACAAGAUGAACAAGAUGUUUCAGAAAAUGAGAAUGUUGAAAAAGAAGUUGAUGAAAUUAAAAAAAUAGAUAUUGAAGAAGAUCAACGGCUUUUGCUUCCACCAAAAGAUAGCAUAACAAUUAAAUCGACAGACCCAUCAAAGAUAUUUCAAAUUGUUGAAGAAAUAGCAAGAGGAAAGUUUGGCAAAGUUUACAAAGUUUCAGAAAUUUCCACUUCUCUAAUAUACGCAGCCAAGCACAUUAAAGUAACACCAAAGCUUAGGGAAGAUGUUUUAUCUACCAUAGAGAUCAUGAAGUGCUUGCAUCAUGUUCGACUAAUGAGUAUAUUUGAUGUAUAUGAUCUUGGAUCUCAAAUUAUAAUGAUACUUGAAUAUGUUGGAGGUCGAAUGUUAUUUGAAAGAAUAGUUGCAAAAAAUAGCCUGACUGAGUUAGAAUGCGCUAACUACAUCAAACAAAUACUCCAAGGUGUUCAUCAUAUGCAUGCUAAUCAAAUUUGUCAUUUAGACUUAAAGCCUGAAAAUAUUGUUUGUUCUGGUUAUGAUACAAUGGAUAUAAAGAUUAUAGAUUUUAGCCUUGCAAAACAACUUCAUAAGAAAAAAGAAGUUAAAAUAACAGCUGGUUCUCCAGAGUUUGUUGCGCCAGAAAUUUUAAGUUUUGAUCCGGUCACAUUUGCCAGUGAUAUGUGGAGCAUAGGAGUGCUAACAUAUGUACUUCUUAGCGGAUUGUCACCAUUUAUGGGUGAAGAUGACAAUGAUACUUUAAUGAAUGUUUCUUGUGGUGAAUUUGAUUAUGAUACUGAAGCUUUCCAACAAAUAAGUUCUGAUGCAAAAGAUUUUAUCAACAAACUACUCAUCAGUCAACCAAAAAAAAGAGCAAAAGCUAGUUUAUGUCUUACUCAUUGUUGGAUGAAGGUUUUUAUUCCGACUAAAAGUAAAGAGAAGAAAAUUAACUUGAAUAACUUGAAGAGAUAUCUUGAUAAAAGAAAAGACAAUAAAGGUAUAAAUGCCGUCAGAGCUAUUCGUCGAUUUAGUUCAUUUGGUAUUGGUCAUGCCCAAGUACAAAGUUCCAAUAAGCCACGUAUAAAUCCUUCUACUAUUACGAAAAAUGUAUCAGUGCCAUCUAAAAAUGUACGAAGAUCUUUACAACCUACUAUUUCAGAAGGAGACGAGGAGGAUGGAGAUGUUGGGAAUGAAAAUUCAGUCGACUCAAAAAUGCAAUUAAAUUUCGAGAGGAGUUGGAGUGGUGAUGUUAGUAACAAACUUGAACGAUGUGGUGUUUUUCUCGAAGUUCCAGAAAGUUGUGAGUCAACAGUAGAAAUUUCAGAAGACAUUAAUACUCCUGAUGGUUUGAGAAAAUAUCUCCAACGGAUGAUCAAUCAAGGUCAUUUACCAGGCUCUGAGGGACCGUUUACUUCAGAGUUAUAUUACGAAUAAUCAAUUAUAUAGCGAUUAAAACAACUUAAUAUUUUAAGCAUUUUACUAAAUGUUGUUGCGUAAUAAAUUUUAAAAUUAGAAA